AUCCCUUCAACUCUUUCACGCCACUGACGUAAUUGGAAGCACGAGAGCUUCAGUCUCGGCAUUGUAGGAGACACCCAAUUGCUCGAUCAUUACUUGUCCCCCUCUUCUUCGCCUUCUAAUUGUUGAUGAGCUUUUAUUGUACUGCUCUGUGCCUUACAACGGUGAUUGUGAGACCCAAGUUAUGGACUUUGAUGCAGAAACCAUAGUAAUUGAUACGGGGGAGUUUGCAUGGACAAUUUGGAGACCCAAUUACUGUACUGGUUCGCCACUGACACUGGUAGUGAGGAAACAUAAAGGCUGGAAGUGCUGGGUGCAGGAAAUGAUUAAACCGAUGAUGAAACAGUAGGAGCUGUGAUUUGGGUGGGUAGCAAGAAAAAUGUAAACAAGGAUGCCUGCAUCUAUUCCGAGACACUUGAGUAUUGGAAUGGGGGAAGUGGAGGGACAUUUGGGUCCUCUCCAGUCAUCACUUGGAUGAGAUGACACAUUCAUGUGGCAGAAUUAAUCAGCCCAUUGGCUCCACGUGAAGGUCUGCUUUACUCUUACAAGCAUGGCUUCUCCGGUUUUGCGGCUCGAUUGAGUGAGGUGCAUGUUGAGACCAUAGCAGGCCCAUGCUAGUCCAGUAGUCCACCAAUGUGAGACCAAAAAAAGAACGGAACGGAAGAAGUCAGUCAAGUGACGAAGAAACCAGAGUCCAAAGACGAAACGUGCAAGUGCCGAUUGAGUCGUCGCCUCCACCGCCGGUCGCCGGACGCCUAGUCGCCGAUCUCCACGCCUCCAGUGGCAUCUGCAGAGAGAAGUUUUUUCAAAUUGAAGCUCUUGAAAUCUUACUUACGGUCUACAAUGUCCCAAGAUAGACUUAGUGGAUUGGCGGUAAUAGCUAUCGAGAAUAUAAUCUUAGAGAGCAUAGAUUGUGAAGAUGUGAUCAACCAAUUUGCUCUCAAGAAUGCAAUUCAAGGAGAACUUCUCGAAUCCUCGGCUAGCUUUUACGCAAUGCCGGAAGUCAUCCCUGUGAUGAAGACCCGAAGGCUCAAGCUUCACACGACUAGGAGUUGGGAUUUUCUGGGAAUACCACUUGGAAUGGGAGAUGAGCCACCGCGCUAUGGAAAAAUGGGGGAGGGAACUAUAAUUGGACUCUUAGACACAGCUUAAGAGAAUUGAUGAGGUGCUUUAAAAGGAGUGAGACUCAACCUAGAUGUGUGUGUGGGUUUUACACACCACCAAUGUAGAGAGAGAAGCAUGGGAGGAAUUCUACACAAGAAUACCACCGGGAAAAUCCAAGGAGUCUUGGUGAGUGUAGGGAGUAACUGGUUUUAGUUACUCGGAAAAAUACAUCCGGGCAUAGGAUGUGGAAAGAUCUGUUUAUGAGUGUCUGAAAUUUAGUCUUGUAAACAGGGGAGAGUUUUUUGU